AUGGGGUUGGAGGCGACCAUGAUAGUGGUCGACAACAGCGAGAGCAGUAGAAACGGCGACUAUUUACCCUCACGCUUCGAAGCAACAUCCGACGCCGUGAACCUUAUCUUCUCCGCAAAGACCAACGCGAACCCAGAGUCAUCAGUCGGCCUCAUGAGCAUGGGGGGUUCAGGUCCGGAAGUCCUGACAACACUGACGACGGAUAUGGGCAAGAUACUAGACGGGCUGCAUCGGACGAAGAUAAGAGGAAGCUCGCACUUCUCCACUGGCAUCAACGUCGCUGCGCUCGCCCUCAAACACCGCCAAAACAAAUCCCAGCGCCAACGCAUCAUCGUCUUCAGCUGCUCACCCCUCUCAGAGGACGAGAAAUCACUCGUCAAGCUCGCCAAGCGCAUGAAGAAGAACAACGUUAACAUCGACAUCAUCGCUUUCGGCGACCUCUCCGACGACACGAUCAAGAAGCUCGAAGCGUUCAACGAGAACAUCAAGGGCAAUAACGAGUCGCAUCUCGCCGUCAUUCCGCCGGGGCCGAACCUCCUCAGUGACUCCAUAAUCGCGACGCCGAUACUAGCGGGCGACGGUGUGGGAGGUGGGGCUGGUGCAAGUGGUGGCGCGGAGGGCGGCGCGGGUGGCACGGAGCAGUUUGAGUUUGGUGUCGAUCCAAGCAUGGAUCCGGAGCUGGCGCUGGCUCUCAGGAUGAGUUUUGAGGAGGAGAAGGCGAGACAGGAGCGGGAGCAGAAGGCUAGGGAGGAGGCUGAGGGGAAGACGAAUCUGGAGGGCAUACCUGAGGCGGAUGAGAAGCAACCGCUGCUGGACCGGAACGGCGAGGCGAGCGGGAGCGGAACUGGUAGUGGUAGUGGGAGCAAAGAGGACGGGGACAAGAAGAAGGAUGAUGAUGCGGACAAGAUGGAUACCGCAUGA